AUGGCUUCUCCCAGGUUAGAAACCUAUUGCUGCCCAAACCGGGAUGCAGCUACACAGCUAGUGAUGAACUUCCAGCCUAAAGUCUUCUGUGGAGUUUGCAUUGGCAGUGCCUCAAUCAGUCUGCUACUGACCAUCUUGCAGCUCUUGCCAAAGAAGGGACAGAGCCCACGGAAGACGCCCAAAACCUCCUCCUCUUCCACCAUCCUUCUCCUGAUCUCCAUUUGUGACAUUCUUGGUGGCUUAGGUAUAAUCUUCAGGUCAAGCGUAUGGCUCGGCUUCCCGGGCUUCGUGGCUAACAUUUCUGUGGUGAACGGGACGGAUGUGUGGCCUUCUGCUUUCUGCGUAGGGAGCGCGAUGUGGAUCCAGCUAUUAUAUAGUGCUGGCUUCUGGUGGCUGUUUUGCUACGCUGUUGAUUCUUACUUGGUGGUUAGAAGAUCAGCUGGACUGAGUACGAUUGUGCUGUACCACAUGAUGACGUGGGGCCUUGCGGUGAUGCUCUGCGUGGAGGGGAUUGCCCUGCUUUACUACCCUUCUCUCUCCAGCUGUGAAAAUGGCUUGGAGCAUGCAAUCCCACAUUAUAUCACGACCUAUGCCCCACUCCUACUAGUGCUGGUGGUCAACCCAGUCCUGUUUAGGAGGACAGUAUCAGCAGUUGCCUCCUUACUGAAAGGGAGACAAGGAAUUUACACAGAGAAUGAAAGACGUCUGGGGACAGAGAUCCAGAUCCGCUUCUUCAAAAUUAUGCUGGUAUUCAUUAUUUGCUGGUCAUCCAAUAUCAUCAACGAGAUCCUUUUGUUCUAUCUUGAAAUGCAGCCAGAUAUCAAUGAAAUGCCCCUGAAAAACAUCAGAAGUACUGCACUGAUCACAUGGAUUAUAAUGGGAGUCCUUAACCCGAUGCAAGGCUUCCUCUUAACGUUAGCCUUCUAUGGCUGGACGGGAUGGAGAGUGGACCUGGCGUGGCGAAAACGAGAAAUAGCCUGGGAGUCCAUGUCCUCAUCAACUGUGGGUGAAAAUGCUUAUCCCUCACCAGUGAACUACCAAAGCAGCGGCCAUGAGUCCAAGAAGAUAACGACAACUGACAGCCAGCAGACGGAUGAUGCUAUCAGCAUGCUGUCGGAAGGUAACACUAGCAGUGAUGAAAGAUUAACCAGGAGCUCCCCCAUCUACCAGGGCUGGUAG